CCGUUACGUCGUGACGUCACUCACUUAGAGAACAAACGCCGAAGCUUAGAACGGAAUUUACCGCCGGCAGACGGGAGUAGCAUAAGAGAAAGUCUGAAGCGACAAAUAGCAGCGUGUGUAUGAAAUAGCUAGACAUUUACUUUCAUUUGACCCAUCAUCUGCUUAUAGGACAGGGAAUUGAUUUUAAACAAGAAGAUGGCUGUGAACGUCUAUUCGACCUCAGUGACUAGCGACAACUUGAGUCGCCAUGACAUGCUCGCUUGGAUAAAUGAGUCUUUACAGAUCAACCUCACUAAGAUUGAGCUUCUAUGCUCAGGUGCGGCCUACUGCCAGUUCAUGGACAUGCUGUUCCCUGGCAGUGUGCCUUUGAAGAAAGUCAAAUUUGGUGCCAAGCUAGAACAUGAAUUCAUUCACAACUUUAAAUUAUUGCAAGCUGGCUUCAAGAGGAUGAAUGUUGACAAAAUUAUCCCUGUGGAUAAAUUGAUAAAAGGCAAGUUCCAGGACAACUUCGAGUUUGUGCAGUGGUUCAAGAAAUUCUUUGACGCCAACUAUGAUGGGAAGGAGUAUGACCCGGUGGAAGCGCGUCAGGGCCAGGAGACAGCACCCCUCCCCAACCCCUCCAUGUCCGCGCUCAACAAGCCUAAGAAGAUCCUCAAUGCUGAUGAAAGCCCGUCUCCUAAAACAAGCACAAAACCAGCUGCAGCAAUCGCACCACAGCGGUCAGCAGCCGUGGCCAAGCCCCCACCUAAAAUGGCAUCCGGCUUGGCGCGGAGACCAGGGACAGGCGGUGGGGAUGAAGAGAGGGCCGAGCUCGUUCAGGAGCUGAAUAUAUUGAAGUCAACGAUUCAGGACAUGGAGAAGGAGAGGGAUUUUUACUUUGGCAAGCUGCGGAACAUUGAACUCAUCUGCCAAGAGAAGGAGGGCGAGGGGGACCCCACACUGCAGAGGAUUGUGGAUAUACUGUAUGCCACAGACGAGGGGUUUGUCAUACCGGAUGCUGAGUCAGAGGACCAAGAGGAAUUCUAAGACUGGAUGCAACUUUAAUAUCACCUGUACCCGAUGUGCCCCAUUUCCCACCCGCCAGAUUAUGUUAUGCAUUUGGUUCCAAAUGAACUUUGUCACAUUGUUUCAUCCGCAAACCCCUCCUUCCCCCCCGAUCCUCCCCAAAAAAACACAGCUAUGCUCUCCAGUGGAGUGCUGCCCCCUGUCUCCUGACCUGAGUACAUAGAGCUCUGAGAGGCCCAGCCGCUAGGAGCCUGUCUCUGGGCUCCGGCUGGUAAGCCGUUUGUAAGGUUCCUCUUCGGUUUUGCUGGGAGCUUCUCUCUUGACUGAGGCCGAAGAAGCCUUCGUAAGAUUCAGCUUCAGCGUUGUCUGUCUUCUCUCCAGGGAAGUAGAGUAUUUCUGCCACCUGCACACCUGUCUUUUAAAAAAAAAAAAAAAAUAGUUCCUUUAUCCUAGUACUGUUUCACCUGUUCACUUGUGUAGUUUUUUUGAUACUGCAAAGAGAGACUCACUUUCUAAAUGUAUUGGUCUUAGCUAAUAAUUUCUAAAUGCGCCCACAUUGUUACAGGUUUUUAAAGACAGUGAUGGUUAUUACCUUGGUAAUAUAUAAUUUUUUGUUGUUUUUUUACUUCUGGAGCAAAACUGAUAUAAGGGCGAUUGGACGUCAGACACAUCAAUCAAUGUUCUUUCGGUGAGCCACAGUGUAUGUCAGUGUACAUAAGAUGCAAUCUUUUUUGCUUUCACUAACUACUUUCCUUCUGGGUUGCCAGUAGAGUGGCUUAACCCAAAUUAUGAAGUUAGCCUUGCGCAACACUUGCCGUGAUAAAUCCAAGAGCAGUUAUUCCACCUCCGUAUUCACAUGUAACGGUAUGUCAGGGUGUGAUGUUCAGAUGGUGCAAAAAACACCAAUACUUCAUACUGCAAAGGCUUGGUAAGGCCCAGGGUUCACUGCAUGUGGUCAUUUUCAGGGGUGUACUUAGAUUUUCGUCUUUGGCUUGGAUCAAAUCAGACCUUCCACCCAUUAAAUCCCGAAUUGCAAAAUUUGGCUUUUGAUCCCAUUCUAAUUAGUAUUUUGCUGAUGGAUCAAAGAUUUGACUUGAUUUUGCCCUUAGUGUGCCUGUGAAGCAAGUUAGUUGGGCAUAAGUGAUGUAACUGUGGAAAAUGAUUGCAAAUGUAAGUCUUUUACCAUGGAGAAUGUGAUAAAAGUUCCCCAGAGGGUACUUUCUCUUAACGGAGCCCUACACAUUUCCUUUUCUAUUUACCUUUAGCAUGUGUUUUCUCUGCUUUGACAGGUUAA